UGACCCAUCUGACGAACAGUACGUCUCCAGUGCAUAGCUAGGUAUAUAUUCAUUGACCAGAGGACAUACUGUACCCAAUCGAUGGGUCCUUGGUGACAUGGGACGCCUGUGUGUACGGUCCAGAUCAGGCAUAUCUGAUCUCGUCACAUGGGAUGUGACCUGCCCAUCGAACCAUGCACGGAUACCAUCGCUAUCGGACGCAAGCAAGUGGCCGUCUGAUCACAUUGACAGGGAGCCACACAAGCAUCUGGAACUCAUGUGUGGUGUGUCAAAUGCGAUGGGUGAAAUGUGUGAUGUGAAAACGCGCCGUUGGUCGUGCGGAUGGUGGAAAUGGGUGCGGUGCGGUGCGGUGCGGCUCUCGCUUGGGGCAUGGCUAUGGCUAUGGCUGCUGCUGCUCCACGCAGGGCGGGCGUGACAUGCAUACAUACUGUACAUGUAUGCGGCUGAACUUCAUCCAACAGUCUAGCUAUGGUGCUCCAGGUGCCAGGUGGUCUCGAAUCUUUGGUUGGGGAACCGGCACCCUUUGGAUGAAGUGGCUCUCCUCCCUAUGGUUGUUGUCGUCACGAUCAAC